AUGGCAAUGCUAGCUUCAAAGAACCCUUUUCCGGCAUCGCUGGGUCCAUCCUCAUCUUCCUUCUCUUCCAAUUCACAAACAGCCACUGCCCAAUCAAGUAGAAGAGCGCCAGCCAUGCUGGCCACGAACCAAACAUUUGCGAGUCCUACAGAAUCUGAGUUUUCGGAUGUCGAUGGUCCGGAGUCUGCGAAGAGGUGGGAUGAGGAUCAGGUUGGCGAUUGGUUAAGGAGCAUCAACUGUGGUGACUACGAAAAGUUGUUCAAAAGGAACAACAUAAAUGGCGAAAAUCUCUUAGAGAUGGACAAAGCAGUACUUCAAGAAAUGGGUAUUGAAAAGAUAGGAGAUCGUGAUUCUUUUGCUACGUUGGAUACUUUUGCACAUACCCCAUCUUCCUCUGGAUCGCCGCGUCCUCAAAAUUCUGGAAGCCGAAAUAUGUCUGCAUCUACGAACAAAAGAUUCUCAAGGCAGUUUGAUAAUUUUGAAACCGCGACAGCAAUUCCCGAGAGCGUUAGUAAACCAGCUUCACGACCAGUCUCACCCUUGGCAAACUCUGAAGUUCGGCCUGUACGACAACAACAGAGAUAUGGUAUCAUGAGCCCCGCAGAAACAUUGAAACGAGAACAAGCUCAAGGAUACUUUAAUGGUUCGAGUAACGUUAGCAUACCAGGAAGUGCUGCAACUAUUUCGGGAAGACGCCCUACCACUCCAUCUGAUCCCACACAACCGCAGAUAGCUCGGAUAGCUGGUGGACAUACUCGAGCCAAUCCCAGCAUCGAUGGUUCGCUCAUGGCUUCAUUGCCAACGAACCAAGAUGUUAUCAGGGUGAUAUCUUCCAAAGGUGUCACAAAGGUGGUCAAGGUUGCAGAUUGUAGCUCUUGUGACGAGGUGAUGCGAUUGACUUUGAGGAAAUUUGGUUACCGUGAGGAUCAUGAUCGGAACUAUUGUUUCUGGGUUCUUGCUGGUGUUGAUCCGGAUCCAAGCCAAUGCCGUCGAUUGCCGGAAGCUGAACUUUGGCGUAUUAUCAAAGAUCAAAAGAGGGCAGAAAGAAAUCGACUUAUCUUGCGAAAGAUACAUGCAGGUGAACCUGGCGAUGAGGAGCUGCAGCGAGCCGCCAGCAUCGCAUUGGAGGAAGCUACAACAACUCAUAAUCGUGCCAUCGAAACCUCCGAUAACAAGCGCAGCCAACUUAAAGUUCAGAAAAUGCUCGGAGAGACCUGGAAUGACAAUCUUCAACAUCCACUGUCACCCGCCUCGUUUCAGUCGGCAGGAUCUAAUCUGUCCAUUACUGAGAGAGAACGCAAUGUUUAUAAUGCGGCAAAGGAUCUUGAAAGACCAUUGCCAGCCGACUCUAGAGAGAGCUCGAGGCAGAAAGCGGGCAAGAAAGGUGGUCUACGUCACUUCUUCGGACAGAGGCCUCCAAGUGAAUUGAUCACAUCAGAUUUGACGACAUACUUUCCCGAUCAUCCUCGUGAAGAGAUUGACCGCACUGCCAGGCUCUCUUCGCGGAGGUCUGCUCGUCUCAGUAAGGUCAACAGCCGUUUGAGCGUUACCAGUUACCUGAGCUUUGCUUCAAGCGUAGCCGAUGCCCCUCCAAUGCCAACAAUUGCCGAUACUUGGCUUAUGGGCAAUAGCCAUCUAGCAAAAGUCAGACCUUUAGACCUUUCAAGAGCAAAUGGUAGUCGAUAUAGAGACUCAGUGUCUUCUUCAUUACUCGACAUUGUCCAAGAAGAAUCGCCAACCGAACCAAACCGCAAAUCUUAUGUCUCCUUUGCCACCGACAGUGGAUCUGACACUACCAAUGUCAACGUAACUACCGAUGAUGGAAGUAGCGUGCGAGAUAGCUACUUUGAGGAUGGCAGCACAGAAGCUGGAGAUUCUCUAAGAGAAAUCACUCAAGCCCUUAACAAUGAUGGAGAGGAACUGGACGAGGAAUUGGAAAGUUUUCUACAGGGCGACUCUUGGGACGACAGCAAAUGGAUGAAGGGUGCACUCAUUGGCCAGGGUUCCUUCGGUAGUGUCUUCCUGGCACUGCAUGCUGUCACGGGUGAACUACUUGCGGUCAAGCAAGUCGAGACACUUUCACCUAGUACAGACAGUAAAAACGAUGCUCGCAAGAAGAGUAUGGUUGACGCUCUGAAACGUGAGAUUAGCUUCCUUCGUGAUCUGCAGCAUCCCAAUAUCGUCCAAUACCUCGGAGCAAGCUCAUCCGAUAAUCACCUUAACAUUUUCCUCGAAUAUGUACCCGGCGGUUCCGUCCAAACUAUGCUUAACUCUUAUGGAGCAUUGGGAGAGCCUUUGAUUCGAAGUUUUGUACGACAAAUUGUUACUGGUCUGGCUUAUCUUCAUGGUAAAGAUAUUAUUCACAGAGAUAUUAAAGGUGCAAAUAUCCUCGUCGACAACAAGGGUGGAAUCAAGAUUUCUGAUUUUGGAAUCUCAAAGAAAAUCGAAGCCUCAAAUCUUCUCAAUGGACCUGGCAACAACAAGAAUCGACCUUCUCUACAAGGAUCUGUAUUCUGGAUGGCGCCUGAGGUCGUUAAACAAACCGCCUAUACACGCAAAGCAGAUAUUUGGUCACUCGGUUGCCUUGUCAUUGAAAUGAUGACAGGUGCUCACCCAUUUCCCGAUUGCUCUCAACUACAAGCCAUUUUCAAGAUUGGCGGUGCAAGAAUAAGUCCUACAGUACCAGAUGAGGCCAGCCCCGAUGCAAAGAUCUUCUUGGCGUCAACUUUUGAAGUCGAACAUACUAAACGACCAAGCGCUGAUGAGUUGUUACUCAGCCCAUUUUUGAACCCAAUCACUUGA